AUGGUUGAAAAUAAUAGUAAUACUGAAUCGAUUCAACAAGAAUUACUAAAUAAACUGAAAACGAUAGCGGAAGCUAAAACCGAAUUAGAAACAAAAAUCGCAGAAGAGAUUAAAUCAAAGUCGAGGAAUAAUAAUGGUAUUCUGGUUGAUUCGGACUCACAAUGUCCAAUUAUCUCCUAUGAAAAAGCAAAAAAGAUGGGUUUUAAAAUAGAUAAAAGUUCAUCCAAAAAUACUGAUAGAACGAUUUCCAGAAUAUGUAGACAUAUACUAAAUAAAAAAAUUAAUAUAAGUUUUUCCAAAUUAUUGAAAAUAGUAAAACCCGAGAUCCAGCAAGAUAUUAUUAAAACUGUUAAUACGAGUAGUUCUCCGUGUAGAAAACGUUAUAUUAGCAACAGUAGGAAAAGUAAUGAAAGUGUCGACGUAGGGUUCACUUCUAAUUCAUUAUUGCAGGGACUAUGCCGUAAUGCUUGUUGGGCGAUUGUCAUAGCUUGCCCUAAGCUUCUAGCAUCAUGUGAGACGACUGCAUAUACUGCUCCAAUUUUACGUAAAUAUCGGGGAAGUAACCCAUAG